CUAAGUAAGUUAUUGCUUUUGUUUCAGCGGAACUUCAAGCAGAGUAGGCGUAGAAGGUUUGAGAAUAUUGAUAUACUUCAACUGCUUGUCAAAAUAUCGUCCCAUUUACAUUAAUUUAAUUAAUAGGCAGUUGCAGUCCAUUAGAGUUUUUGCUUGUGUUUUCUACAGUGUGCAAGAAAUUCGGAUUUUUACCAACGUCAGACAGAACUGAUUUUGACACAGUGACCGUUAUGGCUGAGACGACCACAACAAUGAUUAGUACCACCACCACCAGUUCGGAGAGUUCACCAGCUGAAUUGGUCUCCAGGUUCGGUACACCAGACUACGUGGUGUUUGCAGGGAUGUUAACUGUAUCAGCUGCUAUCGGGAUCUACUACGCCUGUAGUGGGAGUAAACAAAGCACCACCAAGGAAUUCUUGAUGGGUAAUCGGUCCAUGAGUGUAUUUCCCGUGUCAAUGUCGGUGUUAGCCAGCUUUAUGUCAGCCAUCACGUUGCUGGGGACCCCUGCAGAAGUCUAUCAGUAUGGCACACAAUACUGGAUGAUCAUCAUCAGUUACUUUUUUGUAAUACCUAUGUCCGCUCAUUUGUACCUGCCAAUCUUUUACAACCUGGGGUUGACCAGCGCUUACGAGUAUCUGGAAAGACGAUUUAGUCGAGUGGUCAGAACUCUUGGAUCUAUGGUGUUUUCUAUUCAAAUGAUUAUGUACAUGGCAAUUGUACUAUACGCUCCAUCUUUGGCCCUUUCACAAGUGACUGGAAUCUCUGUUUGGUCAGCUGUAUUGUCUAUUGGUCUGGUCUGCACUUUCUACACUGCAGUGGGAGGCAUAAAGGCUGUUGUGUGGACUGACCUUUUCCAAGUAACCAUGAUGUUCAUUGCCAUGUUUGUUGUUGUAUUCAAAGGAGCCGCAGAUGAAGGAGGCUGGGCUAAUGUAUGGCAAAAAAACUUAGAUGGGCAGAGAAUAGAAUUUUUCAACUUUAAUCCAGACCCUACAGUUCGCCACACCGUUUGGAAUCUUGCCGUAGGAGGAUAUUUUACAUGGGUUUCCAUAUAUGGUGUUAACCAAGCUAUGGUCCAACGGUAUUUGUCCAUUCCGACACUACGUGGUGCGCAGACGGCUCUCUGGCUGAAUCUUCCUGGAUUAUCGGUUUUAUUGACGAUUUCAUGCAUGGCUGGGUUGGUCAUUUAUACCAAGUAUGAAACGUGUGACCCAUUAUCGUGGACAAACUUCAAAAUUGCUCCUGACCAGUUAUUCCCCCUGUUUGUGAUGGAUGUGUUGGGUUUCCUACCAGGACUUCCUGGUUUAUUUGUUUCUGGGAUCUUCAGUGGAGCCCUCAGUACUGUAUCAUCAGGGGUCAACUCACUGGCCGCAGUGACCUUAGAAGACUUUGUGAAAGCGUACAUUAAGAAAGAUAUAUCAGAACUGUGGGCAACAAGAUUGACCAAAAUUCUUGCUAUAGUGUACGGAGUAAUUGCGAUUGCCCUGGUGGCAGUGGCCCAGUUGCUAGGUAACGUCUUACAGGCUGCUUUAAGUAUCUUUGGAAUGAUAGGAGGACCCCUCAUAGGACUGUUUAGUCUUGGAAUGUUUUUCCCGUGGGCUAAUGCUGUGGGUGCAAUUACAGGCCUGUUCUCUGGGUUAGGAAUAGCCUUUUGGGUUGGAUUUGGAAGUUUCGUUCAUAAACCAGCUGCUCCAAAAUCUCCGUUCUCGAUAGCUGGCUGUCACAACGGAACUGCUCUUUUAGCAACAACAGUAGCUCCAUCUAUUAAAAAUGCCGAAAUAUUUGGUUUAUACCGCAUCUCCUAUAUAUGGUUCAGUGGUUUAUCAUGCUGUGUAGUGAUCAUCGUGGGUCUUCUGGUGAGCUUUAUUACUGGAUUACAAAAUCCUGAGGACGUGGAUCCCAAGCUGAUCAUCCCAGUAUUUGAUAAACUUUGCUGCUGCUUACCAGCAAAAGUAAGAAGAAAGUUGAGAUUCCAUGUCGGACGUAAUGUGACCGUUUUUCCUAAAGACAUGUCUGUGUCAACUAUGGCGACAGUUGUAAGCUCCGUUAGUUUCGAAAAACCACCAUUUCAACCUGAGGGAAUUUCUAAUAUUGCCUUCAGCCCAAGUUCCACUGACCUCGGAGGACUGACCAUGGGAAAGGACAAAAUAAAUAGCAAUGAGCCUGAAUGCACACUAACACCGUUAUAA